UUGUGUAUUAUUUUAAUGUUUGCUUGGGGCCACAACAUCAACCAUAUACAGUACCAGUAAACCCAUCAUGUUUGUUCACGUCGUCAGUGUCUCCCGGUUUCCUCAAAGGCAGGACGUGACUGCAGACUGCAUGGACUUUAAGACUGGUGAUGAAAUGAACUCGCUAACUGGUUGAAGUCCUUCCCUUACAGGGGAAGUUUACUCUACAAAACAUGUGGAAUUAGGCUAUUAUUAACCUAGGAUAUUUUUUGGGGGGAGGGAUAAUAGCAUACAGUGUCGUUUUCAGAACAUAUACAUAUAUUUCUACAGACACGCUGCAGUAAAACGCGUAGGCCUAAUGACGGAAAGUGGAUAAAAACAAAUUGCCUGGUCAAAGUUGUUUCUGGAUUUUCCAACUGGACAGUUGACUUGGUCUCAAAUUGUAGUUUAAAAGUACGAAAUAACCCAGUUGCCCUGUUCAUAUUUAUCAUGGAGUUCUCCACAAACGGGUCGAGUUUUGGUGUUGACUCUCUGCUGUUUCACAGACCAGCAAGCCCACACUUUUUGAAAGGAGACAGUUCGAUCGAAAAAUGCCGGUCUCCACUGAAGUUAAGCCCGAGGUCCGUCCUGGAAAGCGGCUGCUCAUCUCCCCUCUCCCCGCGACUGGAGUCUGUCGAAGAUGCAAUGCACAGACAUGAUUUUGCACUGGAGUCCUCGCUACAGCAUGGGCAACUGCCCCAGCCACGGACAGUCGCAUCAUCUUUUCUUAUUCGGGAUAUUCUUGCAGACUGUAACAAACCACUUGCAGCAUGUGCCCCAUACAAGAGUCAUGAACAUCCCAUGCCAGACUCCGAGCAUUUUGAGUCCAAAAUAGCGGACGACUUUAUGGAUAAAAUCCACAGCAACUCGUCCUCGGAAAAUGAAUACAAAGCGCGAGACCGUGACAUGGACAACAGCAGAGACAGUCCGUCGUCUCGGCUGAAGAAGCCCCGGAAAGCUCGAACUGCUUUCAGUGAUCACCAGCUGUCCCAGCUCGAGCGCAGCUUCGAAAGGCAGAAAUAUCUGAGUGUGCAGGACAGAAUGGAGUUGGCAGCUUCGCUCAACCUCAGCGACACUCAGGUCAAAACUUGGUACCAGAACAGACGAACGAAAUGGAAGCGCCAGACCGCGGUUGGACUGGAAUUGUUGGCCGAAGCUGGCAACUACUCGACUCUUCAAAGAAUGUUUCCCUCGCCAUAUUUUUACUCACAAAGUCUGGUUUCGAACCUAGAUACCACAGCGGGCUUAUAUCUGUACAGAGGACCCUCGGCACCACCACCUAUCCAUCGUCCGCUGUUUCCACGAAUCCUCCUCCAUGGUCUUCAGGGAGGCGGGGAGCCGCUCUCCUCUCUAUCUGGGGUCCUCCCUCGACCUACACAUCGAUGAACGGACAUAGCUGUCAGCAGCCACGCAAGCUCCUCGCUGACAAACAAAUGGGACUGCACAUGAACAAAAUUACAUGACUUUGAAAGUCGAAACUUUUAUUUGGGUCGAUAUUUGUGAAAUGUAGUUUACAGUUUGGCUUUAGGGGAAAAAUGACAAAUAAACAUGUUUGUAGGCCAAUGUGUAGGCUAAUUUAACAUGGUGUGUUUCAGAGCGGGCCUUCAUAUUUUUUUUUAGGCUGACGAAUAGGCUCUUUUAUCAACAUGGAAUUAUUGGAUUGAGGCCAAAAUGAUAUUUUGUGUUAGCACAAAUUUGGGUCUGGAUUACAUUUGUUCUACUGAAAUUAUGCGUUAGAGCUGGCAAAGGCAAUCUUCCCACAUUUGCGUAAACUGCAUCCACGAUAAACGCUGCAUGUCGCCCCCAUCAGAAAUUAGCUUUACAUUUCGAUCACGCAAUCUGUAACGUUUAAGCGAUACUGUUUUUAGAUAAUAACUGUGCUCUAUUCAAACAAAACCAAAAUAAACACGUGGUUAUAGCCUAUGUUUAUAACAAUAUAUAUGUCCAUGAUAAUUGCAAAUAAUGGAGAUGUGGGGACCUACAUUCCAGAUUUAUCUUUAGCAUUUAAUUCAUUUAUGACAUUCACUUUUCGUUUCGCUCAAAUUGGACGACCAAUA